GUUCAGCGUAUUCAGUAUCUCUGGGUCGGGGAGAGACGGCCGCCGGCGAUAAGCUGACGAAAGGUAGUUGGUAUGUAAUCAACACUAGUCCUGCGAGAGAUAACAGCCGGGGCUCGCUUAUUCGGACGGACCACUCCAUACCGCAACGAGUCGAGGAGCGACGCGAGGAUGAGGGUGGCUGUCGUCCUCCUAGCUGUGCUGUGCAUCGGGGGUGCGACGGCGCGAUGUCUUCGUGGUGGCGUGGACCGCCUGGGCCGCGUCUCCGUCGUGUCCGCGAGGCCCGCGAGGUCCGCGCCCAACGCCACCGCGUCCGUGGGCAAGGACGCGGCCAUCACGGAGCUCAAACUGAGGCAGUACCUCGCGGCCGAGUACGAGCAGCAAGCCACCUACCACUGUAACAAGGUCAACGAGGCCGACUGGAACUACAAUGUAGACCUCCUCAACCCCGACACCACAGCCAAAAAAAAUGCGGCCACUUCGGCCAUGGCCAGCUUCACGAGGAAGUCUUGGGAAGUAUACUUCAAGGACCUGGACGCGUCCAAGAUCAAGGACAGCCAGCUCCGACGGCAGGUUCAUUUCCUCCAGUCGUUGGGCACGGCGGCGCUGUCGGACGAGGAGUUCCAGCAGCUCAACACGCACCUGAAUAGCAUGCAGACCACGUACGGCACGGCCAAGGUGUGCCCCUACACGAAUCAGCAGUGCGCCCUGGAGACUGAGGGCCUGGACCUCGACCCCGGCGUCGAGGAGAUCAUCACGACCAGCCAGGACUACGACGAGCUGACGUACAUCUGGAAGGCGUGGCACGACGCCUCGGGCAAGAAGAUGCGCAGCGACUACAAGGAGUACGUGGCGCUGUCCAACAAGGCCGCCACGGCCAACGGUUUCGCCGACAUGGGCGCGAUGUGGCAGGGGACGUACGAAGUAGACGAGUUCCAGAAAACCAUCGAUGAGCUGUGGGCCGAGGUGCAGCCCCUGUACGCCGCGCUGCACAAGUACACCCUGAACAAGCUGCGCGGGCGCUACCCGGACCAUAUCGGAGCGAACGACACGCUGAUCCCGGGCCACAUACUCGGCAACAUGUGGGGCCAGACUUGGAUCAACUUGUACGAUCUGCUAAAGCCGUACCCCAACGCCUCCUCCUACGACGUGACCAACGCGCUCCGGCAGCAGGCAUUCGACGCCAAGAAGAUGUUCAAGUACGCCGACGACUUCUACCAGUCCAUGGGCCUGCUCUCCAACGAGAUGUGCUACGGGCCAAAGGCCAUGAUCGAAAAGCCCGUGGGCAGGGAGGUGACGUGCCACGCCUCGGCCUGGGACUUCUGCGACGGACAGGACUUCCGGAUAAAGAUGUGCACCAAGAUCAACCAGGACGACUUCCGCACCAUCCACCACGAGAUGGGCCACAUUCAGUACUACCAGCAGUACGCGCACCUUCCCUACGUGCUGCGGGACGGCGCCAACCCGGGCUUCCACGAGGCCAUCGGUGACACCAUCGCCCUCUCGGUGGACACCCCCAAACACCUCGAGACGGUGAAGCUGCUCACGGGCUACGACGACACCAAAGAGAGCCGCAUUAACGCUCUCAUGAAGAUGGCGCUGGAAAAGGUGGCGUUCUUACCGUUCGGGCUACUGGUGGACCUGUGGCGCUGGGACGUGUUCGCCGGCCGGGUGAAGGAGUCUGAGUGGAACAAGCACUGGUGGGACCUCAAGGCCAAGUACCAGCUGGUGAGCCCGCCUGUAACCCGCUCCGAAGAUGACUUCGACCCCGGCGCCAAGUACCACGUCCCCGCCGACUCCAAGUACAUCUCGUACUUCCUGGCCAACAUCCUGCAGUUCCAGUUCUACCGCGCGCUGUGCAUCGAGGCCGGCCAAUACACGCCAGACGACCCGAAGAGCGAGCCGCUGCACGCGUGCGACUUCUUCGAGAGCAAGGCGGCGGGCGCCAAGCUCGCGGCCGGUCUAUCGCUGGGCGCGUCCGUGCACUGGAAGGACACGCUGCUCGUCAUGACGAACGGCACCGAGAUGAACGGGAAGGCGCUGCUCGAGUACUUUGCGCCGCUCUACGAGUUCCUCCUCGAGGCCAACGGCGACAAGCCGGGCACCUCGGGCACCUCCAGCGCCACGGGCUUCCUGGUGCUGUCCGUGCUCGCCCCCGUCGGGCUGAUGCUGCUCGUGAGGUAGCGAGGCGGAGCGCGCCGCCGUCGGGCUGACGAGGGCGGAGCGGGUGUUGUAAAUAAAGCGACAACUCGGCGCA